CUUUUUGCUUACAGUUCGAAAAUGAUGAGCUCGACGCUGAUGAUUCUUGUGUCCGUAACGACCAUGGCAGUCCUCUCUGGGGAAGCUCUCGCCGGGUCGCCCGGUAUUCCGUGCAAUCCAGGAUUUCUUGACGAGCUUCCGCCAAGACUUCGUAAAAUCUGCAUGGCCUUCGCCAGAAUAUGGGACGUCAGGGACAUGAACGACUUCAUCGACGACAGAGAAUACCGAGAGAACUUACCGCGGUACGACAGUACCGUCAAGAGGCAAGACGUCGAUCAUGUUUUCUUGCGCUUUGGAAAACGACGUUAGAACCAGGCAUCACACUCCGCUCUCUAUUCGCAAGCGAUAAACGAUUCGAGUUAUCCUUAAGUUUCCCAUUCGAUCGUCCUGUCGUCGAGAGAACUCAGCACGUCUACCGAAAAUGUAAAAGAGGAAAGAAUAAAAAGACAGAAAAGAGCAAGAGAACCCAUUGAAAGGCGAUCUCGUUAACAUCGUUAAUGGUAUAAUUUUCGUUUUCAUUUUUGCUGUAUUUAAACAGCAUUUAAGAGACCAAAUUGAUCCCCUCGAGAGCACCCUGAGUCGUUCCUGCGUGAAAGUAAGUAUAUAUCUAGUUAAAUAUGGAUUUUAUGCGCGUUAAAGCAAUUAGUUUUGCUCUCUUUGUUCACCGAAAGCGAAAAGUUCAAAGGGACUUUAAUUAACAAUUAAACAUAUAUUAUAUUA